UUUCACCUGCGCGAGAUGACGUCACCACACCUUCAGGAAAAAGAAACGGUGGAGUCCAUGACCACCUCAGGCUGAUUGAUCGCUCCAGUUCGGAUGGCGAAGCUACAUUAACGCCGGCGAAGACUCGAGUUGAACUUGAAGCUGAGUUUGUGUGCUGUGUAAACUCGCGUGUUGAGCUGGUGUGGUGGUGAACAAACACGAUGUCUGCCUCCGCUAUAUUCGUGCUGGACCUGAAGGGGAAGGUGUUGAUUUGUCGGAACUACAAAGGCGAUGUGGACAUGGCGGAGAUCGACCACUUCAUGCCUUUGCUCAUGCAGCAUGAGGAGGAGGGGCUUAUCUGUCCUGUAAUGUCACAUGGCAGUGUUCACUUCAUGUGGAUCAAACACAGCAACCUGUACCUGGUGGCCACCACAAACAAGAACUCCAACGCCUCCCUUGUGUACUCAUUUCUCUACAAACUAGUCGAGGUGUUCACAGAGUACUUCAAAGAGCUGGAGGAGGAGAGCAUCCAGGAUAAUUUUGUGGUCGUCUAUGAGCUCCUGGAUGAGCUGAUGGAUUUCGGAUUCCCCCAGACUACAGACAGCAAGAUCUUACAGGAAUACAUUACUCAGGAAGGUGCCAAGCUCGAGGUGGCAAAGACCAAGGUGCCGACCACCGUCACCAACGCCGUCUCCUGGAGGUCAGAGGGCAUCAAAUACAAGAAGAACGAGGUCUUUAUUGAUGUCAUUGAAUCCAUCAAUGUACUGGUGAAUGCCAACGGCAGUGUGAUGAGCAGUGACAUUGUGGGCAGCAUCAAGCUAAAAACGAUGCUGUCUGGGAUGCCUGAGCUGCGCCUGGGCCUCAACGAUCGAGUGCUUUUCGCCCUCACUGGACGUGACAAGGGGAAGACAGUGGUGAUGGAAGACGUGAAGUUCCACCAGUGCGUCCGCCUGUCACGUUUUGAGAGUGAUCGUACAAUCUCCUUCAUCCCACCAGACGGGGAGUCUGAACUCAUGUCCUAUCGCAUCAAUACUCAUGUCAAGCCUCUGAUAUGGAUUGAAUCAGUCAUUGAGAAAUUCUCUCACAGUAGAGUGGAAAUCAUGGUGAAGGCAAAGGGCCAGUUUAAAAAACAGUCUGUGGCAAAUAAUGUGGAGGUGAGGGUCCCUGUCCCCAGUGAUGCUGACUCACCCAAGUUCAAAACCAGCACAGGCAAUGCCAAAUAUGUGCCUGAGAAGAACCUGGUGGUAUGGACCAUCAAGUCUUUCCCCGGAGGAAAAGAGUUUCUAAUGAGAGCUCAUUUCGGUCUGCCCAGUGUGGAAAAUGAUGAGAUGGAGGGCAAACCUCCCAUUACUGUCAAAUUUGAAAUCCCAUACUUCACAGUCUCAGGAAUACAGGUGCGGUAUAUGAAGAUCAUAGAAAAAAGUGGUUACCAGGCUUUGCCCUGGGUCCGCUACAUUACACAGAGUGGAGAUUACCAGCUGAGGACCAAUGUGUAAAGCCUGAGGGAUUACAACAGUGUAUAUUACUCACUUCAAGGACUUCCAGAGGAGCAUCAGUGAUCACUUUUAAACUGGACUGAAACAAUGUCUUUAAAAUUUCACCUGUUCUAUGUAAUGUCAGUGAUCUUGUUAUAUGAAGUCUGUGUGCAACUUGAUUUUUAAUGUUUCUAUUGUGGAACCACUGCAAAUAAUUUAAAUGAUUUAUCAAAUGAUUCCCUUUAAACAAUUUCUUAUGAGUAA